AUGCACAAGAAAACCAUGGACAUCCGCACCAUCGACAGGGAAGAGAACCGUCGGCGGAUGAGGAAUGGCGAGCUCUACUGGGCCUUUACCCCGGACUUGAUCGCGGAUCGGAAACGGUGCAAUGCCGCCUGCGCCAGGUUCAACAACGCCGGUGACGUGAGCCGCCGCACGCUUAUCGGCAUGUGGAAAGACCUCAACGGGGACACAAUCCCCCUCCCUCCACCGAGGGCCCGCCGGGACGAGGACGACCAUCUCCUAGAAGACUGGCCGUGGAUCGAUGCCCCCAUAAAGAUGGACUACGGCUACAACGUAAAAUUCGGCGACAACGUGUACGUCAACUCCAACAGCACAUGGAUCGAUACCUGCAUGAUCACAGUCGGUUCGCGCACCCUGAUCGGGCCCAACUGCUCCUUCUACAGCGGCACACAUCCGCUGGAUCCCACCCUCCGCAACGGCACCCGCGGCCCGGAAAGCGGGAAGCCCAUCACCAUCGGCGAGGACUGCUGGAUCGGGGGCAACGUCAUCGUGUUGCCGGGAGUGACGAUCGGAAAGGGCGUGACUGUCGGCGCCGGGAGCGUCGUGACCAAGGACGUGCCGCCUUAUGUUGUCGUCGUGGGAAACCCGGCGCGGGUCAUCAAAGAGAUCACGCCGUCGGAGCCCACGAAUGGGGCGGUCAACGGGGUGGCCAACGGUUUAUCCGCGACCAUCAAUUAUAGUGCUACCAUGUAG